ACGGAUCGGUAUCGUUCUGCGUCGGACUGUGCGCGCUUCGUCAACUGUAUGUCGGUCGAACUGCCAUGUGUUAAAAGUGCUCGCACACGUGUUUAAAUGGUGUAAGAGGAGCAGGGUUCGGCAGAUGAUAAAACUUUGAAAUAAUUGAUCGUUGACAAGAUGGUUGUUAUAGGAAAGAAAAAGUACCAAUCCGGUGAGGGUGCUCAGUUUUUAUCAAGACGAUCGGCCUUGAAGAAAUUGCAACUAUCAUUGAAAGAUUUUCGCAAACUAUGCAUAUUAAAAGGAAUUUAUCCCCGAGAACCUCGCAACAGAAAGCGGGCUCAGCAAGGCGAUACCAGUAUAAAAACCUUGUACCACAAGAAAGACAUACAAUUUCUAAUGCAUGAACCUAUAAUAUGGAAGUUUCGAGAAUUCAAGAUUUUCAACCGGAAAGUUGGGCGGGCUAAAGCUAUGAAAGAUUUUAGUGCAAUGAAGCGUUACUUGAAUAAUCAUCCACACUUGAAGCUAGAUCACAUCGUAAAAGAACGCUAUCCAACAUUUGUAGAUGCGCUGCGAGAUCUUGACGACUGUUUGACACUAUGUUUCUUGUUUAGCACAUUCCCUUCCAUAGCCCAUGUGCCAAGACAGCAUUCGAUUAUGUGUAGACGUUUAACUGUGGAAUUUAUGCAUGCUAUGAUAGCAGCUAAAGCACUCAGAAAAGUAUUUGUUUCUAUAAAAGGUUUCUAUUAUCAAGCUGAGAUUGAAGGGCAAACGGUUACCUGGAUUGUUCCACAUCAUUUUUCUUUCGAACCACAAUCUAAAAAUGAGGUAGACUUUAAAAUCAUGGCUACUUUUGUUGAGUUUUAUGUCAUAAUGCUGGGAUUCGUGAACUUCAGACUUUAUCACUCCUUGAACAUGUUUUAUCCACCAAAAUUCAAUACUCCAGGAAGCAGCGAUGGUAAAUUGGUAGAUGAAGAAGCCUAUGUGUCUGAAAGAAUUGCUGCUUUAAACUUGCCUCUGUCCAGUACCAGCGGCACGACACAAACUAUAGAGGAGGAGGAAUUGGAUGUUGAUCAAUUCCCAACAGAAACCGAUGCUUCUCAAAUUGAGUUGGCAAGGAUAGAAGCAGAUAAAGUAAAGAAAUUGAAAACCCUAUUCCAAGGUUUGAAAUUUUUCAUAAACCGAGAAGUACCUAGAGAACCUCUCGUAUUUGUUCUAAGGUGUUUUGGAGCAGAGGUAUCUUGGGAUAAGGUUCUCUUUGUGGGUUCGACGUUCGAUGAAAACGACGAAAGUAUCACACAUCAAAUAGUGGACAGGCCAAAGAUGGCAAAGCAAUUUAUAUCAAGAUAUUACGUUCAACCACAAUGGGUAUUUGAUUCAGUAAAUGCCAGAGAAUUAUUACCAGUAGAAAAAUAUUUGAUGGGUACCAUGCUUCCGCCACAUCUCUCACCUUUCACGGACACAUUACGCGAUCAGACAUAUAUUCCACCUGAGCAACGUGCUCUGUUAGAUCCAGAAUUCAAAGUGAAAACAGCCGAAGACGAUAGUGAAGAUUCAGACGACAAGGAAGAUGCCGAGGUUGAAGAGGAAGUAAAUCCAACCUCUAAGGGACAAAAUGACGCAGAUAGCGACUCCGAAGCAUCUGUUGACACACCUGAAACCGUAGAAAUAAAUAUGAAAGUAGACGAAGCAGAACGUGAAAGACUCAAAAAGAAAAAGGGAAUGAAGGUUAAACCGGGUGAGUUGGCCAAAGAGAAUCCAUGGGAGCAGAAUCGUAUAGAGAAGCAAGAAUUCCGAUUGCGUGAAAAAAUGAUAAAGAAAAAGCACAGGAAUUUGUACAAGAGCAUGAUGCAAGGGAAAGAAGACAGGGCUAAGGAGAUCUGGUUACUCAGGAAGAAGCGACGUCUUCAUGACGCUGCCGAGAAAGAGAAGCGUAAGGAGACAAAAAAGUCUCGAAAAACUAAACAAGCUGCAUAAAUUUGUAAAAAAAAAAAUGAAUAAAAAAUCAAAUAAAUGAA